GAAUGUUUCUGCUUCUUCUCUCCCUCCCAGAUGUCAACAGCUGGCUCCUCACCUUCGGAUUCCAGCUUCACAACGUGAUCCCCGGCUAUCCCAAGCCGGACAUGGAUGCUGUGGAACCAUCCUACGAGCUCGUCCACACACAGAUGAAAACUCAGGAGUGGGACAACAGCAAGUCUAUCCUCGGGGUGCAAUGUGAAGUGCAGAAGCAGCUCAAGGCCUUCGUCACCCUGGAACGCUUUGACCAGCUUUAUGGCUCCACAGUCACCAGCUGCCAGCAGGCCCCAGAGACAAAGAAGUUUGCAUCCAGCGGCUCCGUGUUCGGCAAGGGGGUCAAGUUCGCCUUGAAGGAUGGCCGCGUGGCCACAGACAUCAUCAGCGUGGCCAACGAGGACGGGCGGAGGGUUGCUGCCAUCUUGAACAAUGCCCACUACCUGGAGAACCUGCACUUUACCAUCGAUGGGGUGGACACCCACUACUUCGUGAAACCGGGGCCUUCAGAAGGCGACCUGGCCAUCCUGGGCCUCAGCGGUGGGCGGCGAACCCUGGAGAACGGGGUCAACGUCACCGUUUCCCAGAUGAACACGAUGCUUAACGGCAGGACUAGACGCUACACAGACAUCCAGCUCCAGUAUGGGGCGCUGUGCUUGAAUACCCGCUACGGGGCCACUCUGGACGAGGAGAAGGCGCGGGUGCUGGAGCUGGCCCGGCAGAGAGCCGUGCGCCAGGCCUGGGCCCGCGAGCAGCAGCGGCUUCGGGAAGGGGAGGAGGGCCUGCGGGCCUGGACCGAGGGCGAGAGGCAGCAGGUGCUGAACACGGGGCGGGUCCAAGGCUACGAUGGCUUCUUCGUGAUCUCGGUCGAGCAGUACCCGGAACUGUCAGACAGCGCCAACAACAUCCACUUCAUGAGACAGAGUGAGAUGGGCCGGAGGUGACAGAGAGGACCACGGCCGGGACUUCUUGCCAAAGACAGCUACUCUUUUGUGGCCGCGUACAUGACUGUGUUGUACUUAAAAGAGAGAAAAAAAAAAUCCUUUUUUUAACAAGUGCAAAAAAAAAAAGAAAAAAAAAGAUACUUGGUUGCAUUGUAACUCAUGCAACAUCCUUUUUUUUAAGAAAAGAAAAACACAGAUUUGGCCUUCACACAUUUUUUGCAAAGAACAGAGGGUAUUUUUUUUUUCUGUAGUGUGAUCACAAUGAAAACUUGACUGUCUUUUGUUCCCUUUUCCUUGAGGAGUUUUCCUUGUUGUUUGGGGCACGUUUCUCUUUGCUGAGAUGCAGCCCCUGGGGUGUGUCCUCGUCUGUCCCCAGGUCCCCAGUGUGAUGUGAGACACGAGUGUCUGUGCUAACUUGUCCCACGUGCAAGGCUAUUUUCCACGGGGGUCGGGCAGGAGUGAAGGGUGCGGAGAGUCAUGGGCCAGUAGCAAAUUUCCGGAGGGCCUGGAAAGAGGGUCUGCAGGACCCGAAGAUCUUUGGCCAAGCUCCCGCAGACAGGUGGGGGUGCUUUUUAACACUGUGUUCCAUGCCCCCGGAGGACCACGGAUGGUUUCAUCUUGCUCUGGGGAAUUUCAUGAUCUCAUAGCACCUUUUUCAAGCUGCCCCAAACUCCUGUCCAAGCUUUAUAUUUUGAUGCUAAGUGAAACCCCCAACCCCUUUUGCAAACCCUGUGUAGUUGUCAGUUGCCACCCCCCUGCUGGGAUGGAGCACGUGUCUCCCGGGUCUUUUUCCCAGUUGGCAACCUCGUCCUGGGGGCUAAGAGGCAGAGGCACCCAGGACGUCUGUGGCUGGGCAGUCCUCCCGUGAUGUUCCUUAUUCAGCUCCUCUUCUCUCCCCAAGCCAGAUGUGAGAACCAGCACUGCACAGCCGGCCCUCCGUGUGGGCUCCACGCCCGGAAGAGAAGGUCACCCACCGCAAAAGGAUGGCGUUGGUGGCAAGGGUACCAGCCUGCCUUGCGAGCUGAGGCCCUCUCUCCCAGGACUCUGGGCAUCUUGCCUCCACCGCUCAGCUGCCACCACUGAGAACUGGGAGUGUGGAGAGAGGUGCCUGGUGGCCUUCGGUUCCAGAAAAGAGGUUUAAGGAAAAGUCAGCCAAAGAGAGGAAGGCGUGAACCAAGCAUGCUUCUAACCAGCUCCGGAAGGCUCCUCUGCUUCCCUCAUGUCGGGCUAACUGCAGAGCUUGGGAUGCAGGAAAUUUCUUCUGUGAAAUUCUUCUAAAACAGAUGAUGGCUUCUCCCCUCUAGAGGAGCCCAACCAGGGUUUUAAAGCAAGAUGAAGGAGGAAGGAGGAGAGGAGAGAGAACUCGGUGUGGCCUGGCAGCAUCAAGCUGCCCCUCCAGGACUGGGGGCAGUGCCCGCAGAUGCAGGAAGCCAGGCUACAGUUGCCCCUGUGAAGGCCCACGCCUGAGGACAGUGGGUAGAGGCUUGUGGCCAGCCCACACCUGCAAGGCUUGUCCAGGAGAGGCAGCCCCCACCAGGCUGGAGGGGAGCACUGAAGAGAGGGGAGAGCCCGGGGCGCCUUUCUCUUGUCUCAUCUGCCCAAUUACCAUCGUCAUUACCUCUCACAGGAGGCUCUGGGAGACCAGGAGGGGAAGCCAAAUGUUCCCUUUCAAGCUGGGCUUCUUAGAAAAUGGGACUUCUAUGGGUUACAUUUUAUAUUAAGUGUGGAAAAUGAAUUUUGAGUCUGAGCUCUUUCCCCGUGGAAACCUUGUUGGACUGACAAGCUCACGGCACCUUUAUAGCCUUACUCACAGAGUCUUCAGAAUAUUCCAGCAGUGAACGAAACCGAGACAGUCUCUUGCUGCGUGGGAAUCGGCGCAGCACGCGGGCCGGGGGCCUGCCUGGCGGAGGGAGGCACCCAAAGCUGCUCGGGAGAGGAGGUCUCGCCUGACGUCAUCCCACUGGGAUGAAAGGAUGCGUUUCGCUAAGUGCUCUUCCUGUUUCCAAAAAAAAAAAAAAGUGACACUGCCGUGACAGUGCUCCUUGGGCCUAUUUGUCCACUGUGUCCAGAGCUCAGCCGAGUCAGACGGCAGGGCUUCCGGGCCCUCCGUGCAAGGCAGGGGCUGGUGGUGGCCCCCAUCUGGCGGGAUCCUUCUUGAACAGGAUGGAAGAUAGUUGGGCCUGAAGAACACGUUUUGUUUUGUUUUUAAAUCCAGAGUAGACAUGCCUCUCAAAUGUCAUCUUGAUGGAAGGGGUCCUUGAGCAGUGGGGCCCUGCACAUUGGCCUAGACGAUCAGCUCCACCCUGACCUCCUGACAUCAGUCCAGACCUGCUGGAAACGUCUGCUUGGAGGUCAGAGCCAAAUGAACCAUCUCCCCACACCUCCCCAACCCUCUGACUCUCCAACCCCAAAGUGACAGUGACUCUUAAAGAUCAAAGUCACAGAAAAUGACUGAGCAUUACUUUUCUUUAAAUGGAUGAUGUUUUAUUUUCUUCCUGGGCUACAUACCAUCACGGAGGCCUAGCUUCUGUAUGGGAGGAAAUGGAAGCACCCCCAGCCUUUAGAGAAAGGGUCUCAAGUGUGGGGCAGGCAGCCUCAUGCACCUCAGUUUCACCUUGUGCUGUUGCUAUUGGAGAUGGUGCUUCUGGCCUUGGCCCUUGUGAGUUGGUUUGCAUUCGCAGUGACUCUCCUGUCUGUCUUCCCACCGGGACCAGCAGUCCCAGUGUCACAGCAACAGCGAAGGCAUAAGCCAGCGUUCCCCGUGCCAGCCUAACAGCCUCCAGGCAUCAAAUCCCAUCUUUGAUGGCACCUGCCCUUUUGACAUUAACCAACCAAAAUGUGUCCCUUCCCUCAAGUGACAGCCCGCCCUCAUGGCCCCUGUCCACUAUUCUGCAGAAUGACAGCUUCUGUCCCAAGAAGGCAGAAGAGCUGUUUGUGGAAGCUUCUUUAGAAGAGCUCCUACUUUCUCCUAUGUCCUCCACAGCUGCCAUCAGCCUGUCUAUCAUCACCUUAAAUAGGACUUCAGUGAUUCCCCAACUUUGGUUUUAUAGGAUGAGAUUUCCUUUUCACCCACCCACCAGACAGACAUCACUGGAGGGGAGGGGGGGAGCUAUGACAACAGGAAGAAGGCAAAGAAACUCCACGGGAAAUGACCCCUGAUGCUUGCCACUCAGAACUGUUUGCUGAGAAGUAAACCACGGAAUAGACCAGUACCUGAUUUCUACCUAGGGAUGGAAGAUUUGAAACCAUUUCCAAGAAACUGACCAAAAGUUGAAAAUGACCAGAGGGUAUGAUUCUAAUGAAUUAGCAUGAGGUGGGGCUGGGAGCAGAAGGUGAUGUAGACAAGGAAGGUGAAUAAAACAGGGCAGUGUUUCCAUAGACACAUAGCAGGGGGCUUCCCAGGUGACGCUAGUGGUAAAGAACCUGCCUGCCAAUACAGGAGACAUAAGAGACGCAGGUUCAAUCCCUAGGUCAGGAAGAUCCCCUGGAGGAGGGCAUGGCAACCCACUUCAGUAUUGCCUGGAGAAUCCUUCCCAUGGACAUAGGAGCCUGGCGGGCUACAGUCCAUAGACUCGUAAAGAGUCGGACACGACUGAAGCGACUUAGCACAACAAGGAAUCAAAUUUGUUUUUUUUUAAAAUAAUAACCUUUUUAGCUAUGACUUUUAAGUACCACCUUUAACAAUGGCAAGGGUUUCCAAUAUGCAAAGACAAGAUUUCCACGUGAAAUCUUAGAAUAGUUUUACAUUGGCAGCCUGUGUCUGCAAUUGCCACGUGGUGAGGACCAUGAUACUGAGUUCGGUGCCCAGGAGGAAGGAGUCAGCCAGGCCUCAGCAGGGUCUCGGGUUUUGGGGUUUGUUCCCCCGGUGCUCAAAGUCAGAUCUAUCCUCUACCCCUCACAGUGGCCACUAAAGCCCCAGCCGUGGCUUCCGGUCCCAAGCUAGGGCCCGCCUCCUGAGGGUUCCCAGAAAGAACCCAGUCUCUUUUUUCCCCUUGGGAUCCUCAUUUAGGACUAAAAGCCCUCUAUUGAAGGUUCAUAAUUCCCAGAUAGGUUUAUAUACUUGUCUGUAUUUUAUUGGACAGGAGGAAAUUAAAGAACUCUGUAGUUCAAGGCCCUUUCAUUUAACCUUCGAAAAACAACAAACUCCUUUUAAAGACUCAUUGCUCAGGUGAUAGAAACUUGAUCCUCUCCAAACUUUACAUUCUCAAAAAACCAGCCUUGUGUACACGACCGCCCCAGACAGCGGGCCGAUGUUGGGUUUCUUACCCUCUCUGGAAUGCCAAAGGCAUGAUACCGGGUGACCUCUUGGUCCCCAGGAACAUGUGUUUGAUUUUGAGGGCAAACUGCCAGUGGAGAACAAAUGCUCCAGCAGGCUCCGCUAGCCUGACAGAAGCUGAGUCACAGAUGUCUGGUGGUGCCCGGCAGCCCUGGAUUCACCCAACACCAGAAUCCCACUUUUCUAGACCCGCCUGAUGUUCUUCAAGACUUCUGAACCCGCAGCUUUGGCAACGGGACUCUCCCAAGCUGCCUCUGGACGACCAACACUGGAGACUCUGGCCUUACCAUGUGGAAAUAAUUUUCCUGAAGUCUGGAACUAAUUUUGAGAAGUUUUUUUCUCAACACUUUUGUGUUUCUAACACUGUAUUCUUGACUGUGUAAAUACCAACAAGGCUGUAAAUAAAUGCAGAUGUAGAUACCUUCUAGAAAAGGGGGGGAAAAAAGGCAUAAAAACAAAACCAGAAGUGAUCCCGUGUAGCCUUCGUUGACAAAUAAAAGAAUAUUUUGUGUUUAAA